UCCUGAAGCGAGCUCGUUUCUGUCCUGACGUUCCCCGCCGGAGAAAGUCCUCUGGUUCCGAUGAAAGAACUCAGCCGUAACUCGGGGUGUAUUUCAUAACCCGGGCCAACCAUCCUCCCACAUGCGCUGACACGUCUCCAGAUAUUACACACAUCCCGUCGGGUGACGGAGGGAGCGUUUACUCGGCUGGUUUGACAUAUUGUGAAUACAUACAAGAGACGCGCGGAAGGGGGAAGAUGUUGCUGAAGGAGUACAGGAUAUGCAUGCCCCUCACAGUCGAAGAGUACCGGAUUGGGCAGCUGUACAUGAUCAGUAAACACAGCCAUGAGCAGAGUGAUAGAGGAGAGGGAGUGGAGGUAGUCCAGAAUGAACCGUUUGAAGACCCGGCACACGGCCAAGGACAGUUCACAGAGAAACGAGUCUACCUCAACAGUAAAUUACCCAGCUGGGCUCGAGCAGUGGUUCCUAAAAUCUUCUAUGUGACAGAGAAAGCAUGGAACUACUAUCCUUACACCAUAACAGAAUACACAUGCUCAUUCCUGCCCAAGUUCUCCAUCCACAUAGAGACAAAAUAUGAGGACAACAAAGGAUGCAAUGACAAUAUCUUUGACACCGAGCUGAAGGAGCAGGAGAGGGAGGUGUGUUUCAUCGACAUCGCCUACGAUGAGAUCCCUGAGCGCUACUAUAAAGAGUCGGAGGACUUGCGAUAUUUCAAGUCGGAUAAGACGUCGCGGGGGAUUCUUCAGGAGGGCUGGAGGGACACCCAGGAUCCCAUCAUGUGCUCGUACAAGCUGGUCACUGUCAAGUUUGAGGUGUGGGGUCUGCAGACGCGUGUGGAGCAGUUUGUACACAAGGUGGUUCGGGACGUGCUGCUGCUGGGACAUAGACAGGCGUUUGCCUGGGUGGAUGAGUGGAUUGACAUGACGAUGGAUGAGGUGAGAGAGUUUGAGCGCACCAUCCAGGAGGCCACCAACCAGAAGAUCGGGAUGUUUCCGCCAUCGAUUUCCAUCAGCGAGACGCCCCUGUCCUCCUGUUCCCUCACCGGCCCUGCCAGCGCCCCCUCCACCCCCAUGUGCACUGAUGCGCCCGAGUCCCUCUCUGUCCCCAAGGACAGACCCCGCAAAAAGUCUGCUCCAGAAACCCUCACUCUUCCUGACCCUGCCCCAAGUGGCGCCCCCCAGGGCUCUACCCAAAGCCCAGUUUCAAACCACCUCCAGUCAUCUACACCACCCUCCUCCAACUCUGAUCUUGCUGAGAUGGACGAGCAGUAAAUAGACCUUGGGAUGUCUUCCCGCACCCGUGCUUUACUUAAUUCUCCCAAACCCAUUGUCUUAGUAGCCCACGAGACUAGCCUAACCUCCAAACACCAGUUGCCACAAGUUUGUUAGCCAUAUUCAAUGAUUUGCCAUAAUCCUGGACUCACAACAGUCACAGUCACAAUAGAAAUCUCCAUCAGUGUCACUGAUACCAUCCAGGCAGCUGUAGGCCUAGCCACCCUGACAGACUUCCUCUUCCUGUGAGUCUAGCCAGCAACACGUCUCAUCUAUUAUAACAACCACAUGAUGUCUAAUCAAAACAAAGAGCAACCCUAAUUAUUUUUUUUGAGCGGCAGUUCCUUAUGUUAUAUGAAUAAAUUAUUCUUAGUGUUUCCUUAGUUUUGUUGUCUUCAAUCAGACAAGCUGAUUGCUUUCAAGCUGUUGAAUUAUGAAGUAGUUGCCUUAGCACCGCAGAGCCAGUGGUGUAUAUUAGUUUUGACAAUGUGCGCAAAUGAAUGCCUGAUAUUUAUCAUCCUUUUUCAGUCUGUGACAUGGCUGUAUGUUACAAAUUAGAAAUUAAAUCAAUGACACAAACUAGAGUAGCACAGUGGACCUAGUAUGUUAGGAUAACAUUCACCAGAAACACAGCAGAGCACCCUCAUUACAAAACCACUUAGCUGUUUUCCUGAGCCGUUCCAAACUGGCCUUACUGAUCAGAUUGCAUCCAUCCCUCCCAUCCCAAACUGCAGUUAUACAACAGAUGCAAGAACAGUACAAUCAUAGAGUUUACACCUCAGGUCUCCCCGACUUUAACUGGCUCACACUCCAAAGGCAGGGAUAUUAAUGUACCUUUCUCUCCCUGCUUAUUGCCAAACAGCCACAUUUUAUACCUCCACAGAAAAUACAAUACAGCAACUAUUGUAUGUACUAUACUUGUCUACUUAACCCUUGGAAUGUUUACACGUCAGAAACGUUGAAGCAUUUGCAUAUUAGCAGUAAGCUGAUGUUUUAUCUACAUUUGCAGUUCUAGCAUGACAGUUGACUCUGAAAUUGAAUUUGUAAGUUUAUUGCUGCGUAUGUCAUACUCAAGUUGACCGAGAGGUCAGUACAACAAACAAAAAAAGUUAAAUGUUGCUUGAAACUAAUGCUGGACAUCUCAUGUGACACUAACGUGAUCCAAUUUUAUCAAAUCAGCAAAUCACUUUAUUGUCAUAUGUAGGAACAAGGCCAUUUUAGGGGAGUUUUUAAGCAUCGACUGAUCUUUGUGCGCAGUGGAGGUAACAACAACUUAAAGCUUGAUUUGAGGAGAGGGGCACAUGCAUCAAGCUGACUUGAGUAUGUGCCUCAUUAGCUUAUUAGCACCUGGGAAGUGCUGGCUUUUUCCUUCGCCAGUGCUGGUUGGAUAUUAUUGAGCAAGUGCUUUGGUGGGCACGGAAAAUGAUUUUUAAAACAGAAACAUCCUUUGUAGUGCCCCCUAUUUCAUGCUGGGCUUUAACUGCUCCAGUAGUUACCAUCUUAAACAAAACUAAUACCGAAAGACAGCAAGUUAUUCUUUGAACCCCAUUUUCCUACACAAUAUUACUCAAAGAAAGGGUUUUUAUAUGCUGCAUGGAAUGUUCACAACAUAUAUACGUAUUAUAUGAAGUAUAUAUGUAUAUACUGUAAAGGAAUGGACUGGCACAGUAUAUUUGGUGAUGCAACUGUAUAGGGAAAAAAAGUGAAUGCCAACUUUGGAAGCUAAUUGUGUAUAAUAUAAAAAGCAGAUGAUUUUGAGUGAAGCAUGCCCAGAGAAUAUAGGCCUACAAACUCUUUCAACUCAGUGCCUCUGCAUGCAACUAUUGUAUCAUCACCUACAUGUGAGUAAACCAAAAUCUCUUAUAUGUCACUGGUAGAAACACAACAUUUUAUUGCAUUUGUUUGCCUUUUAAAAAAAAAAAAAAAAAAUCUCAAAUGUUGCAUUUAACCAGUGAUAGCAAAUGGGCUACAGCCCCCACAAUACAGUAGCUGAACUUCAAGAUAAACAGAUCAUUUUUAAACUACAUUGUCAAACCAUCAAGUUACAGGGCUAACUUGUUAUAUUUUAGGAAAUAAGUAAUUUUUUGUUCCCCUAGUCAUACCAGUUACUUAUAAUUUUAAAGCGCAAAUGCAUUUUGCACUUUACAGUCUUUGACACCUUAUUUGACAAUGAAAAAAUGUGCUACAUGACAGUCUUAUUUGGGUUCGUCGGACCAAAGUCCUAGACUACAGCAUAGGGACUUUGAAGAAAGCAGUUUCGAGGAAAGAGUCCUCGUUGGUCUUGCCAUAAAAUAUUGUUAAUAUUAUGUACAGUUUCUCACUUGCUUUUGUUAAAAAACAAAACAACUGUAGCUAUUUAUCUGUAACUGUAGCUUUUGUCUUUGCCUUUUAAGGAUAAAAAAAUGUUAUAUACCAGUUACUGGCCCACUGUAUUGAUCUAUUAUGUAUAGAUUAUACAUACUUACAACUCUGGUAUUGACCAUCUCUCUUGUCAGGAACACAGAGAUCCAGGGAUGUGUUUGAUCUACCACGGGCUAUUAAAAAUAAUGCAAAGUACUAUUCAGUUGUGUAACAUUAAGCUCUGCUCUGUUUAAAAGAGUAACAUAGUAGGUAUUGUAAAUACUGUUGUUAAUGACUGAUAUAGUAGGUUUCUUACAUUGAAUCUGUUGCAAGUUGCAUUUCUGAUGUGACAUGAAUGUGCUCAAGGAUUUCAAAUAGACAAGAGAAGGAUAUUCUUUAGUAUUUGUGCGAUGAGGAUGACAUCUGCACAGACAUGAGUUCAAAAUUUGCUUUAAUCUAGGAGUAAUAUGUGUCUUUAUCUAUGAAGUCAUUGUCAUCUAUUGAGGAUGCUGAAUUCCAUUAAGUUUACUCUUCUCGGUCGAGUAUCAAGAUUCCUCAUUGUAGUGGUGCACUUUUGACUCUCCAGUUGCUUUUGGGUGAAAUUUCUGUGUACGAGUUGUAAAACAAAAUGAAGCUUUUCUUUUUUUGUGGGUUGGCUGCUUUGACGUUUAUGGUAAUUGAGAGGUGAUUGGCUUUUCUGUUGUUUCUUUUUUUGAUAGUAAACCUGCUGUACUUUGAAUUUGUGGUUGCUGUAUUGUUUGAAGGAAAAAUCUAAAUUAGUUUCUCAUUAUUAUUAUUUUUUUGAUUAAAGGACCAAGCUUUUCACUCCUGCUCCCCUCAUCCUGAUGCAGUUUGCAUUUGGCCAGGCUGUUGUGCUGUCUCCUAAUGAACUGGGGCCUGUCUCACCAACCAGGAUCAGUGAGUUAGCUGUACUGUCCUGCAUCAGGGACAGCAUAGUGUACUUCACAGGUGUGGUUCUGGCCUCUCCAGCUGUUGACAUUAUUCCUGCUUUGUGAAACAGGUCCCAAAAGUGCCAUUCGUGUUCGGCUACUGGAAGUCGCUCUUAGUUCUUCCACUUUAACUAUUAUUGUAUUUGUUAUAUUUUUACUUACCUUUGAGGUUCAUUCGGUUCUUUGUUGUAAUUAUUGUUUUACUUUUUUCUGAAAUAGACAAAUAAACUUUACAAGCUAUUGCAACAA